CAUUGCUAUGCUAAAGGAACAGAAAACAAUAUAUUCUGUUUGGAAGUAUAAAAGUUUGUUGAUAAGUGAAUAACGACAAUUUGUGUAAAAAAUGGGCUCUGAACUUAGUUUAUCUUACGCCUAUAAGUUGGGAGAGCAGUUAGACUUUGAGUCCGAUAUUUGGGAAAUUUAUCCAGCUUAAGAAUAGAUGAUGAUGAGGAAUUUACUGUUUUCGUACACCAGAAAGACAGUGAUGACAACAAGGGAGUUGAUCUGACAAUUAAGUAUAUGCAAAUGAUCCGCCAUCCAGGAGUGUUGAGAUGUCACAAAGUAUUUGAUAAUACAUAUGAGGUUUCUAUGGUAACUGAACCUGUUAUACCAUUAUCAAAAGUUAUUGUUGAUCUUGAGAUUGUUGAAGUUAUUGCUGGUAUACAACAUGUGAUUAUGACAAUCGUAUUUUUACACAAGAAAUGUGGGCUGUCACAUAACAACUUGUCUUUAUCAUCAAUAUUUGUUGGUCAAUAUGAUUCCUGUUGGAAAAUUGCUGGAUUUGAAAAUAUGUCAACAUUUGCAGAGAUUACUAAAGAGAAACUCAUGAAUGAAAGUUUGGCUCAUGCAAGGGAUGUUUUGCAAUUGGGAGAGUUGAUUUGUGAUAUCUUUGAGCUUGUUGAAUUUUCUGUUGAUGAAAUAUCAAUAAAUCAGUUUUUGCAAAGAAUACAAACUGAUUUUGUGGAGUCAAGUGUUGAGGAUAGACCAGAAGCUCAAGUUCUGUUAAAUGAUGAAAUUUUUCAGAUGGAAUAUUGUCAAAUCUUGCUUUUCUUGAAAAGCAUCACAAUAAAAACAAAAGAAGAAAAAUCAUCAUUUUUUCAAACACUUCAUGUUAGAUUGCAUGAAGUGCCUCCACAUGUUGUAGCAAAACGUCUUCUUCAUCUUUUAUUAUCUCGUUUUGUUCUUCUUGAUCCAACUGCAGUAGAGAUAUUUUUACCACAUUUACUGACUCCACAGUCAUCAGUUGAUCAAAAUGUGCAUUGUAAUGUACAACCAAUAUUACCUGAAGAUUUAUUCAAAGAAUGUUGCAUUCCUAUUGUCAUAAAAUUAUUUCAAGUCAAAGAUCGACAUGUUCGUCUGAUAUUGCUGAAAUAUAUUGCAAAUUAUGCCUCAAUGUUUGAGAAAGAUGUUUUAAAGUUAGAAAUUUUACCCCAGUUAAGACUUGGUCUUAUUGAUAGUGAUAAUGAAAUGGUAUCUGUAACAUUUAAUGCGAUGCAACAUUUGGUUCCUUUGUUGGGAGCAAAUAUUAUUGUUGGUGGAGGUAGACAAUCACAGUUUGUUGAACGUGGCUUAAAGAUUGACGGAGAAACAAAAAUUACCAGCGUAGUAGCACAGCCCACCUUGCUUACGUCGCAAGUAAAGUCAAACGUCACUUUUGAUGGCAAGAAACUGGAGCGUGAGAAAAGGAAAGAGGAAAGUCGACGGAGGAACGAAGAGAGGAGAAAAGAAAGAGAACGGUUGAAACUAGAAAGAAAAGCUGUUGUUAAAGGUGGUUUUGUUGAGAAAAAAGAAGCGAUGGAGUCUGGAGACAAUAUUGAACCAUGGGAAGAUUUUGGUCUUCAAGCAACGGCAGAAGUUUAUGAAGAGAUAUCUGACGAUUCUGAUACAGGACGUCCCAGUUCAAGCGAAAUAUCAAUUGACUCUGGUUUUAGUGAGAAAACACGAAAAAUUAACGUUAAACCGCCAGACUUAGGCGUUGAAGAGAGGAAGGAGAGUGGUUUUGGAAUGAAGAUAAAGAAAGCUGCGAAAACUGCACUUGACGAUAAGAGAAUACCGUUGAAAGAUUUAGUCAAAUUACACAAAGAAAAGAGUAAUGUGGAAGAAGAUAUUUCUAAGUCAAGCAAAUCUAUUUUAAAACCAAAGUCAAGCAGUUUGCUUUCCAAGUCAAGAAACAGUGCUACUCCCAAUGAAAAUAAUAUUGGUGAAACGAAAAAAGAAAUGAAAAAAGAGAAACUUUCUGCUGUGAGAAGUAAUGAAAAAGAUUUUAUUGAAAAGAAUAAAAUUAAAGAUAAACCUUGGGAAGAGUUUGAUAUGAAGAUAAAAACCAAUAAUAAGAAUAAUGUAGAUGAUAUCUUUGCUGAUAUGAUGCCAACAUUGUCAGAUACACGUAAAAUACCAGUAAAAGGAUUAUCAAUGUAUAGUCAAACUUUAGCUGUUGUUGAUGAUGAUGAACUAAAGAAUGUUGAUGGAUGGGAAGAUGAUUGGUGAAAAUAGAGAGGAGAGUUAUUGGUUAGUUGAAAAAAUUAUUUAUAUAAUGUUCUUGGAUUUUUUUUGCACAAUCAAAUGAAAAUAAUUUUAUUCCGAUUUUCAAUCCUCGGAAUAAUCCUCGCAAUUCAUUAAAAUUUGACGAUUUUUAAGAAAUCAAAUAACUUAUCUGAUUACAAAAAUAUUACAGCUAUUUUACAAAAAUGAUUCACUAAGUUGCGGUUCUAUUUAAAAUAUAAUAAUGGGAGAUAUACUGACUAAUAUUUAAACUGAAAGAUAUCGCCAAUCAUAGUUGUAUCUGAGUAAAAUCAUUAUCUGUA